AUUAUUUUAAAACCAGAUCACAGUUUUAUUUAGUGAGAGCACUUUGACUGGAAACAGGGAGUCCCAAGUUUGUUUUCGGAGUUGAUAGUGUGGCCUGUUUUUGUAUAUUGAAUCGCCUUUGUAGCUUGAACGUUUCUUUGAUGCAGACUAGUUGAACCAGUUUCUAGAUGAGUGCAAAACCAGUUUGGCUAGGCUAUUAUGCCAACAAAUUCUAGUUUGAUUCCCAGUUGCAGGGAGUGCAUAAACCUGCUCAACCAGUUGUGAAAAGCAUAAUUGGGUUAUCCAUUGUGCAUUUACAUAUAUGCCCUGGCAGAAACAGACAGUUUGAACUGAGCAGCAGUCUUGUAAGUGACUGAAGUUGGUCCAUGCAUAUUGCCUUCUGUGGUACACGUGAGGACUGCAGAAGUAGGAAAUGCCAAGAUUAAUUUUCACAAUAUAAUUUUAAAGCUGUCAAGAUUGUAUGAGCAAUUUGCAACUACAGAGAAUUCCCUGAGGGGGUCCUGAAGGAAGCCCAGCUACAUAUGAAUGUGAAAAUUGAGUUGAGGAUUUUUAACUACAGUAUGUAGCUUUGAAGAUCUGCAUACAAACCAUACCAUGAAUAGCUCCAGUGCAAACUGUGGGAGCCCAAGCACUGGAAGUACAACUGAAGCUGCCAUAGAUGUAUUUAAGGAGAUAUGGACUAAACUGAAAGAAUGCCAUGACAACGAAGUACAAGUGCUGCAAAUUAAAGUAAGCAAGUUAAAGAAGGAGAGAUGCUUAGAUGCUCAGAGACUUGAAGAAUACUAUAACAAAAAUCAGCAGUUAAGAGAACAACAGAAAGCAUUACAUGACAACAUUAAAGUUUUAGAAGACAGGUUGCGAGCUGGCUUGUGUGACAGAUGUGCAGUUACUGAAGAACACAUGAAGAAGAAGCAGCUGGAAUUUGAAAAUAUUCGACAGCAGAAUCUAAAGCUUAUUACUGAACUUAUGAAUGACAAGAUUAACCUUCAGGAAGAAAACAAAAAACUUAGUGAUCAGCUUGAAUCACUAGAACAUCAACUGAAGGAGCAACAGCAGGAAGUGACCGGAGCAGCAGAUCAUGAUGAUGGAAUAAUCCCGGAUUCUCCAAUUUUAUCUCUUUCCACCUCUAUAGCUAGCAGAAUGCGAAGGAGAAGGGAAAAUUGUCAUAUUCGCUACACAGAGCAUGCUCAUGCUGAACCUUCAGGGCCACAGUCUGAUGAUGAGACAUGUAAAAUGCUACUGGCACGCUUCUCUGGCAUAACUCCACCUAUACAGGAUGAAGAGGUCCUAGUUGCAGACUCCUGUGACCUUGAACAAUCCCCACAAAAAACCACUCAGAAGCUAAAGGAACAUUUAUCCAUAGAGAAAAACAGCUUUAAUCUAGCUGCUGUUGUGGCAGAAACUUUAGGACUCGGCAUUUCUGAGGAACAUGACUCGCAAAGUCUUCUGAAAUCGCAAAGAGAUGUCACCAUGACCAGACAAAUUCCACAUAAUGUCUUGAAAAAAGAUGUCAGUAAAGCGGUGAAUUCAGAACUUUCGGAGGAUAGUGCCACUGGGUUUACUUGUGCAGCAGAAGCAAAUGAACAAAGUGGAAACUGGGUUUCUCAGUGUAAAUCUCCUGUAUUUGGAGCGUCAGCUGAUUUCACUGAUCAAGAAAUGAAAAUGGUCCAAUUUAUUGAAGAAUCUAAGCUGGGUGAACAAAAGAUUGCAAAAAAUCACACUGAAAUUAAGUCUGAUACAGCUGGGAGCACUUCAUGCCUGCCUACAUCUCACAGGUCGGCGAAAAGAAGAAAAAUGGAAGAUGAAAGGGAUUUGCUCACUAAUUGUGAAAAGCCUUCACUUAAUAAAGAAAAUCUUCCUUCAAAAUCAGAGAAAGCUGUUUCUGUAAACAGUGAUAAUCUUGACAAGCCAUUGGACUUGUCUGAUCACGUUUCUAGUGGCCGGUUGGGAGAUAGAAGCCACGGGAAAGAUGCAGUGUGUAGUAAACUAAUACAAGUUAACCCACUGGAAUCCCUGAAACAAAGUAUAAAGACUGCAAAUUUCAGAAGAGCCUAUAAUGGACUUAAUAAGGAUCCACAAGAUGAUGUUUGUGUGCAAGAGACCAUUGGAAGAUCACGUAGUGAAAUAUGUCAAGAAGUUAAAGUUAAAAAUGAGAAAAAUGAUGAGGAUGGUAAUUCAUCAAUUUGCAGAUACUCUCACCUGCAAUCCAGUGACUUUUCUCAGAAUGAGCAGCUUCCUAGUGACCGAAAGGGCCUUGAAGUCGAAGUUCCAACAAGGAAAAUUGCAAAAACAGCAUCCUCAGAAUCAGAGCCCACCUCAGUACUUCAACCAAACCCAAACCCUUCUGCAACAAUUGCAAAGUGUAGAAACACUGAUCAUGCUGGAACAAAAUCAGAAAACAUUCAGUGGAGCAUGGAUCCAGGAGCAGACUGCACAAUGGGCACUUCAGAAGUGGACUCAAAGAAAUCCAUCAGGCAACCAGGGCUGAAUAGCUUGGACAUAGAUUGCACUUACGUGAGUGAAAGUAUCUUGCCACAACCAAAAGAAUCAAGAAUCAACAAGCCUGUCCUUGGAAGCAGACAUGUAAUGGAUGAUAGUCUUGCUGAAGUUUUUGAUCGUACUGCCUAUGGAGAAUAUGAAUCAUAUCCUGAAGAAACGAAGAGUCCACGUAACGUUUACGACAGCGUAUUCCAAGAAGAGCCAGAAAAAAUAAAAAAUGAAUCUUUUGCACAGCCUUAUUUAAACUCUGGGAAAAGGAAGAAUACGGUUUUAAACUUCCCUCAUGUUGAGGUCGUCCGUAACAAAGAAGAGAGAAGAAAAUUGUAUGGGCAUACGUGCAAGGAAUGUGAAGUAUAUUAUGCAGACCUUCCAGAAGAAGAGAGACUGAAAAAGUUGGCAAACUGCUCAAGGCAUAGAUUCCGGUACAUUCCACCAAACACACCUGAGAAUUUCUGGGAGGUAGGGUUCCCCUCAACACAGACCUGUGUUGAUCGAGGUUACAUCAAAGAAGAAAGCACACCUUGUCAGCGCCCAAGACGGAGGCGUCCUUACAAUCCAACAUUUUCACCAAAGGGCAAAGAACAGAAUAUAACUUAGUUAUUUCAAUAAGAGAUGGCAGCAAAACAAAAGGUCUACGUUGAAGAAUACAAAAAAAACGUUUUUGCUUAAAUCUUAUUGAGAGAUUGUAAUCCAAUGCUUUCAUAGCAGCUUGUCAAUCUAGCCGUUUUUUUCUAUGGUAUUUAAAUUAUGAUUACUUUUCAUCUGUAUAUUAGGUGGAAAUGUUGGCAUUUGCACAUCUGUUUAAGAUAUGGUGCUAUUUGUUGCACUGGAUAAGUAUACAGUUAAUAAGUGUCUAUAAAUACAACUUGAAUUUUUGAAUGUAUGUUAAAAUUGUAGUGAUCAUUUGAUAAAAUUUGUAAUAAAUAGCACAUCAGUACAAACUAAUAAAGAAAAGUUGUCUUUGA